CGCCUCCCGCCGCCCAUUGGCUGCGAGAGGCCGGUGCGGGCCGCACGCGCGAGGCUGGUGUCGGUUCAGGCGCCGGAGCCGGCAGAUUGGCGUUGGCCGUGGAUAUGACGCCCGAAGACCCUGAGGAGACCCAGCCGCUUCUGGAGCCGCCUGGCGGCAGCGCGCCCCGCGGCCGCCGCGUCUUCCUUGCCGCCUUCGCCGCUACUCUGGGCCCACUCAGCUUCGGCUUCGCGCUCGGCUACAGCUCCCCGGCCAUCCCAAGCCUGCAGCGCGCCGCGCCCCCGGCCCCGCGCCUGGACGACGAAGCAGCCUCCUGGUUCGGGGCCGUCGUGACCCUAGGCGCCGCGGCAGGGGGUGUGCUGGGCGGCUGGCUGGUGGACCGCGCCGGGCGCAAGCUGAGCCUCCUGCUGUGCUCCGUGCCCUUCGUGACCAGCUUUGCUGUCAUCACCGCGGCCCAGGACGUGUGGAUGCUGCUGGGGGGCCGCCUUCUCACCGGCCUGGCCUGCGGUGUUGCCUCCCUAGUGGCCCCGGUCUACAUCUCUGAAAUCGCCUACCCAGCAGUCCGGGGGCUGCUCGGCUCCUGUGUGCAGCUGAUGGUCGUCAUCGGCAUCCUCCUGGCCUACCUGGCAGGCUGGGUGCUGGAGUGGCGCUGGCUGGCUGUGCUGGGCUGCGUGCCUCCCUCCCUCAUGCUGCUGCUCAUGUGCUUCAUGCCUGAGACCCCACGCUUCCUGCUGACUCAGCACAGGCGCCAGGAGGCCAUGGCCGCCCUGCAGUUCCUGUGGGGCUCCGAGCAGGGCUGGGAAGAACCCCCGAUUGGGGCCGAGCAGGGCUUCCACCUGGCCCUGCUGUGGCAGCCUGGCAUCUACAAGCCCUUCGUCAUCGGCGUCUCCCUGAUGGCCUUCCAGCAGCUGUCGGGAGUCAACGCCAUCAUGUUCUACGCAGAGACCAUCUUUGAAGAGGCCAAGUUCAAGGACAGCAGCCUGGCCUCCAUCAUUGUGGGCGUCAUCCAGGUGCUGUUCACAGCCGUGGCGGCCCUCAUCAUGGACAGAGCAGGGCGGAGGCUGCUCCUGGCCUUGUCAGGUAUGGUCAUGGUGUUCAGCAUGAGUGCCUUCGGUGCCUACUUCAAGCUGACCCAGGGUAUCCCUGGCAACUCCUCGCAUGUGGCCCUCUUGGCACCCAUCUCCACAGAGCCUGUUGAUGCCAGCGUGGGGCUGGCCUGGCUGGCCGUGGGCAGCAUGUGUCUCUUCAUCGCCGGCUUUGCCGUGGGGUGGGGGCCCAUCCCCUGGCUCCUCAUGUCAGAGAUCUUCCCUCUGCACGUCAAGGGCGUGGCAACAGGCGUCUGCGUCCUCGCUAACUGGCUCAUGGCCUUUCUCGUGACCAAGGAAUUCAGCAGUCUCAUGGAGAUCCUCAGGCCCUAUGGAGCCUUCUGGCUCGCCUCCGCCUUCUGCAUCAUCAGUGUCCUUUUCACCUUGUUCUGUGUCCCUGAAACCAAAGGAAAGACUCUGGAACAAAUCACAGCCCAUUUUGAGGGGCGAUGACAGCCACUCACUAGGGGAUGGCGUGAGCCUGUGACUCUGGACUGGGCCCGAGCCCAGAGCCCCUGCCUGCCCCAGGGGAGCCAGAAUCCAGGAGCACAGCCCCUUGGAGCCUUGGUUUGCAGGGUUUCUCCUUCGUGUCGAGCUCCCUCCAGCCCCCAACCUGGAGCUAGGAGGCUCACCGGCCUCCUGUUCCAGUUCCUGCUGCUGCUCUGCGGACUCGGGAUCACCUUGGAGCUUUGCAGACCUGCAGUCAGCCCUCCACACGUGACGCUAAAACAGCAGAAGGGGAGGUGGGCCUCUGGGAUCUUUGUCUUCUGGCUGGAGGUACUUUUGGAAGUUGGGUGCUGGGCACCUGAUCACUCCUCUCAUGUGGCUGCCUUAUUGGGAAGGAACUUUGUUUGCCAAAUAAAGAUUGACAUAGAAAAUCAG